AUGCUAGUAUUCAGAACAUUUGUGUUUGUAACCUUGUCUGUUGCAGUCAUGCUCCACAACUUGGCACUAGCAACAGAGCACACGGUGGGAGAUCGCGGUGGCUGGGAUACAACCUCCAAUCUGCAAGUUUGGGCAUCAUCUAAUAUAUUUUUGGCUGGAGAUGGUCUGAGUUUUACGAGAAUUGGUCUCUUUAACCUAUUAACCUCCCCACCUACACAGCUCUCGGGGAGAAAAGAAAGAUAUUUCGAUUACAAACCGAACCACAAUGUUCUUGAAGUAUCUAAACAAGACUUCGACGCAUGCAGGAACAGUAAACCAAUUCACAAGUAUUCAGGUGGCAAGACAUCCAUACAUCUUGGUUCUGCAGGAACGCGGUACUUCAUCUGCGGAACAAGUGGACAUUGCAGCCAAGGAAUGAAGGUCGAAAUCAACACAUUUGCACCUGCUUUUCCACCAACGGAUCCAGAGUCUUGGCCGCCUAUGGUCGGGCCAUCAUUCCCACCCGGCUUUUCAGCACCACAGGAUGUGCCAACAUGGGUGCCUGCAAUUUCACCUAGCAAUCCUCCAACUGGAGAUCCAACAAACUCUUUUCAACCUGCUUUUCUACCACCGCCACCAUAUUUGGCCUCUUUGGCUACUAAAGUGAAUUUACCUGUUUGGCUUGCGACAGGAUUUUCUUUUGUAAUCACGAUGUCACCGUUUCUUUAA